CAUUUUACCGAUAAGAUGGCUCCUUUGGGAAAACUGUUUUUAUUUGUGGUCCUGUGCAUUCACGUUUCAGAUGCAUACGUCGAGGUCAAAAGUUGUAGUGAGUGUUACCAUGGCUCAUGUCAGUACUACAGUUCAAAUCAUUAUCAUUGCUAUUGUAAUACUUAUAAUGCCGGACCAGGGUGUCGGAACGAUUUGAUACCUCAUCGAUUAAUUGGAGGUCAAGGUAAUUUUGAAGGAGUGUUAGACUUUAAAUAUAAUGGCAUUUCGGGAACAUUCUGUAGAGGGAGUUCUUUCACGAACCAAGAUGCGACUGUUGUAUGUAAAAUGAAAGGUUUUUCAACCGGAGUGGUAGUAGAUGGGUUUCGCUAUGGACAGUUGAACUACGGAACUACAUGGACAGGAAAUAUGGGGUGUUUGGGAACGGAAACUGACAUACGAUCUUGCCCACGAUUUGCCCAAUCAAUAGGACACAAUACAGCUUGCAAUCAUAAUAACUCUGUCGGAAUAAUAUGCAGCAAUCACACAUCGGUUCGACUGGUUGGCAAUACACUUCCGUCAGAGGGUCGAGUAGAGGUUCAUCAUAAUGGUGUUUGGGGGACAGUAUGUGGGGCUCAUUUUACACAAAACGAUGCCAAUGUUCUUUGCCAUAUGCUUGGAUUUAAUAAAAACGCCUUGAGCAUACAUAGGAAUGUUACAGGAGGGCAAGGGCCAGUUUGGUUAAACACUUUGGGCUGCUCUGGUAGUGAAGCAGAUAUUGAGUAUUGUAGUCAUGGAAGCUGGGAUAAUCAUACUUGUAGCCAUACCAAUGACGUAUCAAUAAAAUGCGAGGCUACAAAAGUUCGCCUUUUCGGUGGCUCGGGAGAUUGGGAUGGAACAUUGGAAAUAAAUUACGAGGGAAGUUGGCGAACAGUUUGUGAUCCAGACUUUGGACAGAACGAAGCACGUGUUGUAUGUAACAUGCUCGGAUACAAUUUAACUGACGUGAAACAUUACGUAUAUCAGUCCAAUUACUUUGGUGACACUAAAACUGGCUUUCUUGAUCAAGUUAAAUGUGUCGGAAAUGAAAAGGACAUAACUCAGUGUGUGUCUUCUUACCAGACCACGUGCUCGGCCUCAAAUGCAGUUGGUUUGAAAUGUGAUGGAAUACAAGUUCGUCUUGCUGAUGGUCCACAUAAAGGUAUUGGACGUAUAGAAGUGUUACAUAAUGGACAGUGGGGCUCAGUUUGUGAUACAAAUUGGGAUGAUAAUGACGCUGUUGUUAUUUGCAAAAUGCUCUCCUCAUAUCCCUUUGAGAGUCAAGUAACAGCAAAAGCGGUAUCCGGGUCAUUAUUUGGAAGAGGCAAUGGACGUGUUUGGUUGUCGGACGUACAAUGUACAGGAAAUGAGGCAGACAUUUCGAACUGUUCUAUGUCGUGGUCGAGUGGUGUUAAUUGUGACCAUUCCAAUGAUGCUGGGGUAAUAUGUGACUAUCCAUUACAAAAAAGACUAGCAGAUGGACGAUCAAAGUCGCAAGGUCGUGUGGAAUUUCUCGAGUCUGGAACAUGGUAUUCGUAUUGUGAUGACGGUUGGAACAAAAGCGAUGCUAGAGUCAUAUGUAGGGAAAUCGGAUACUGGAACACAGAUCCUGUCGUAAGCUACAACUCUACAUAUGGAAAGGGUAGAACAACUUAUCUUGUAAGACCAAAAUGUGAUGGCAGUGAAGGUAGUUUUGAGAUGUGCAGAAUGGACAAGUUAUUCAAAAGUUCAACAUGCUCUGUCUCAAAUAGUGUAGGCGUUGAAUGUAAACCAGUUUCUGCUGAUCAUUCUAACGUGCGAAUUGUAGACGGUCCCGGGCCAUGGCUAGGGAGACUUGAAGUUAAGUCUAAUAAUGCGUGGGGAAGUUUUUGUUAUGAUUCCUGGGAUCCUUCCAAUGCAUUGAGAGCGUGUGAAUCAAUGGGAUUUAAAUAUUUGAGCUCGGAUGCGUCAAGUUUUGGAACAGGGCGCGGUCUAUCACCAAUGCAUAUUAAGUCAUUAACUUGCAAUCCGUCAGAUCAGAACAUUGGACUGUGUACAGCAGAUUUCAAUGUAAGCGAUUGUGAACGAACAAAUUCAAAAGCUGUCGGGAUUGAUUGCUCAGGCGGAAUCAAUGCAACCUUGUCUAAUACAUACUCUGGCGAAGUUAUUUUUCAAACGCUGGAAAAUGGAACACUGAAGCAGUGGUCAGUUUGUUAUGACACAAUAGAUAAGAAUGCUGCAAAGACGAUUUGCUCGAUGGUUGGAUAUCAUAAUACAAGUCCAAAGGUUUCUGUGAUCUCCUCAAGCAAUCCUGUAUUAUUCACUAAUGUGUCGUGUGCUGGUAAGGAAUCACAUCUGCUACAGUGUGACACAAUACGGACGGGGCCAACCUGUGCUAGGAAAGCUGCAGUAAAUUGCUUUGACUGUGUAACAACUUACAAUACAGAUCAUGGCAAUGUUCUGUCGCAAGGUUAUCCAAACUAUCAACCUAACACCGACUGUCUAAUUGUUAUUAAAAAACAACCAGGAACUCCACUCAAACUUGAAUUUCACGACCUUGAUCUUGCUGGAGACGGUGACUUUGUCGAGGUUAAAGACGACAUCGGAAAACAGCUCGGAUAUUUUACCACGAAUGUUGACGUUCCUUUCUUAGCUUCCAGAGAUGGUUUUAUUAUUCGAUUUAAUUCGAACAAUGCCAGUAAUGCGAAAGGAUUCAAUGUAUCAUGGAGCCCAUUAGCUAUAACAGACGCUGUUCACAUGGGAUGUGCUUCAAAGGGCUGGAAUGUCACUGUCAACUCUACCAUCCUCAGACAUCUUUAUCCAGACACUGGAGUGUCACAAAUUAAGCUCGCCGAACAAUUCUGUACUGGCGAAAUCCUUGGAGAUCUAGUUGUGUUCACGCAAAGCUACACAAAAUGUUCCACAACAACACAGUCUAACAAUGAGACCUUGAUGUAUUUCAAUCAUUUGGUAUACCCAGAGUCAAGAACGCCAUUUCCUGUCAUCGUCCGUGGAUAUAGAUGGAAGGUUGCUGUUCAAUGCGAUGUGUCAAGAGUGGAGGAGGUUUCUAAUAACUUCAAACCCAACCGUACAAUUAUAAAUGAGAACCAGCAUGUCAGUUCGUCUUCUCACUAUAAGUCGGAUGUUUUUUUCUUCUCUGAUGGAACAUUCUACCAGCAAAUCUUUGGAAAUCCAAUUUCGUUAAAAACAGGUGAUAACGUGUACGUCUCGGUGAAGAUGAACUCUGACGAUGUGCAGGUGAAGAUGCGACUUCAUACAUGUUACACAAAGCCGGAUCCAAAUGCUGAUGCAACACUGACGUAUCCAUUAAUAGAAAACGGGUGUGUGACUGACCCAGAUACGCAUAUUCUCUCUCAAGGGACACACGAAACUCGUUUUGUGUUUAACGCUUUCGAAUUUCCGAAAAGUCAUAACAGCGUGUAUAUAUUCUGUAACUCGACGUUCUGCAAGACUACGGACACAAGUGAGAGAUGUACACAAGUUUGCCAUGGCUCACCGGCACUGGUUGGACGUUCUCUUUGGUCUUUGGAGUACUACACUGACCACUUCAAGCGACUGUUGAACUUUGGCAAAUAUGGAUACAUCAAGCUUUUUAAACUUUAA